AUGUCAUUCUCAUCUGGCUGUGGUGUGUGCGGUAAGACAGAUGGACUUCGCUGCUCUGGCUGCAAAGUGAUGAUGUACUGCGGCGUCGAACAUCAGACUGCUCACCGCCAGGAACACAAGUCGGCUUGCAGUGCUAUCAGAAGAUCUCGCGUUGCUAUGGAGAAGGAAGAACAGGCCUUACGGGCUCAGCCAGAUGAUAUCUUCGCCCAUGGUGUUGGAAAAUUCUGGAUGAUCUUUGAGACACGCCCUUACAUGCGAGCCCGCGCUGCCCUAUCUGAUGCGAUGACCGUUGUCAAAAGUUAUGAAUCACUUCAAGCACAGCUCGACAUCCUGCUGGAAAAUUUGCGGCUCUGUCGAGGUGACAACAUGGGCUCGCGAGACGUCAUCCCUGGUCUGAUGAUUUGUCUCCAACAGGAUCAGGAGUGCUAUGAUUUCUUGAAGUAG